GGGGAAGGAGGAGGAGGAGGAGGAGGAGGAAGAGGAGGAGGAGGAAGAAGAAGAAGAAGGGGGAUCCCGGGCAGUCCUGCAGCCCGUGACGUCAUGAACCCCGAAAUUUCCAUCGGACGAUCAGGUGGAAGAUGUGCCGCCCGGUCUCGGCGCCCCGGUACCUCUGUAACAGCAGCGCAGGGAGUUCGCACGGUCUUCCUUGCCCGAGAUAGAAUUUAAGGAAUCGAUUUCUACGUUUGGCCGACUCGAAGGCUGUUGAUUUUCCAGCUCCGGGGAAAGUCAGGAAGCCGGACCCACCUCCUGAGCCCGACUCACAGGCUCUCGGAAGAGAACGGUUGUUUCCCCGGGUGAGCGAGAGUGCCAGGAUGAACAUCAGCCGUGGCCUGGAGGGUGAGGGGACCCCGCCCCUGGAGUUCAGCCGCCCAGGGGAGAUGCUCCCUGCCGCGCCCCGCCAGUCCGAAGAGAGUCCGCUGACCGCCGGCGUCCGGAACAUGAGCCUCUCUGCGGGGCCGUGGAGCCACGAUCCUCCCGUGGAGCGACCCGCUCGGCCGGCGUUCCCCCAGCUCCCGACCGCCAGACCCCCCGCGGACGCCGCCGCCGUCCCCCAGCCCUCGGGCUGCCCGGCCGCCAGGAAGAGGAGCCCGGAAGGCUUCGGCCCGGCCGACAGGCACGCCCCGGAGAAGGUCACCCUGAUCGUGGACGACGCUCGCUUCGUCGUCAACCCGCAGAUCUUCACCGCCCACCCGGACACCAUGCUGGGCAGGAUGUUCGGCCCUGGGAGAGAAUACAACUUCACCCGGCCCAACGACAAGGGGGAGUUUGAGAUCGCAGAGGGGAUCAGCUCCACAGUGUUUCGAACAGUGCUGGAUUAUUACAAGACUGGAGUCAUUAACUGUCCGGAUGGAAUUUCUAUACCUGACCUGAGAGAUACGUGUGAUUAUCUCUGCAUCAACUUUGAUUUCAACACUAUCAAAUGUCAAGACUUGAGUGCGCUGCUGCACGAGCUCUCCAACGACGGCGCCCACAAGCAGUUCGAUCAUUACCUCGAAGAGUUGAUCCUGCCCAUCAUGGUGGGCAGCGCCAAGAAAGGGGAGCGCGAGUGCCACAUUGUCGUGCUGACGGACGAAGACUCGGUAGACUGGGAUGAAGACCACCCUCCGCCCAUGGGGGAGGAAUAUUCCCAAAUUCUUUACAGCUCCAAGCUCUACAGGUUCUUCAAGUACAUCGAGAACCGAGAUGUGGCCAAAACGGUCCUGAAGGAGCGGGGGCUGAAAAACAUCCGCAUUGGCAUUGAAGGCUAUCCCACCUGCAAAGAGAAGGUCAAGAGGAGACCCGGAGGCCGGUCGGAAGUCAUCUACAACUACGUGCAGCGCCCCUUCAUCCAGAUGUCCUGGGAGAAGGAGGAGGGGAAGAGCCGCCACGUGGACUUCCAGUGCGUGCGCAGCAAAUCCCUGACCAACCUGGCGGCGGCGGGCAGCGGCGACGACGGCGCCCCCGAGGACCGGGACCUGGGGCUCCCCCACCCGCCCCAGGUGGACGAGUUGGACCGCCUCAACGCCCCCGCCUCGCAGGGGGCCCCGGGAGACUUCCCGGACUAGCGCCGCCCGCCUCUCCGGCCUCCUCCGCUCGGGGUGCCCGUGGGGGCGGAGGUGGGCGAGCCGCAUCCCUCCCCUUCCCCCCCCCGCCUCACCAGAGGGUCCCCGGCCGGUCCGGACCGGGACCCUCAAUUGGGGGGAAGCGGGAGAGGAGAGAGGAAACCGCUCCCCCUCCCCCGAGAGAGCCCUCUGGACCCCUGUGUCUGUUGGCCGAGGGAAUCGCGGAGAAGGAAAAAAUCGGGCUACCUCGUGCGAGCCGGGAGAUCCGGGCCCCCUUCCCCCCGGACACCCCGCCUCCAGGGGUCAGGCGCCAUUUCCUCUGGGAAGAUCCCAGUCACACGGGGACCAGACAGAUCGAGGCCGUGACCCGGAAAGAGCGGAGAGGACCCGGCCCCCACCCCCCGCGGCGAGCUUCGAAAGAACCGAGAGCAGUUAUCAGACUGAAACGUUCCAGGCCAGUCCUCGGAGGGAGCUUAACUGGUUUUUUCUGGUCGGUAAAAACGGAGCCCCACAGAGACCGUUCGGCGGCCGGGGCGGGCCGGGCGGGUUCUGCCGGCGGUUGGUCACGUUCCUCUGGCCCGGCCUCGGCCGCCUGCCGCCGGGGACCCGGACCGACUCUUUUUGGAACCAGAUGGGACUCUCGAGCCGGGGGAAGAGGGAGACCGUUAUAAAGCACCGUGCGGCCGGGGCUCGAGGGGGAGAGUCCCGCUGAACUCCCCCCGCCCCCACAAUGGGAACGGCGGCCCAGUUCAACCGAAAUCUGCAGCCGAUGGCACUGGGUACCCCCCCGGCUUGUCACUGCGAAGGGCCAAGGGAUGAGCCACAGGCAGCCCACCCGGGGCUUUCCGCCAGGUGGGGUGCGUAUCCACUAACCCCUCCCUCCCACGCAGAAGCCUGUGACCCAGGGUCUACCUCAGGGGUCCCCAGGGAACUACGGGACCUAGGGAGCAACUCCAAGUGGGGCCGGGCCCUCACUCGUUCCUGCCCGGGGAGGGGGACUUGAGGCAAGAGCAGGUCUGAGACACUCGGCCUGCAGCCCCUCAAAGCUCUCUCCUUGCCCUUGCCAAAUCCGGUCAAUGUCCCGCAGGGAGCUGGAUAGGGCACGAUGGACUCAACCCUGGAGUUGAGAAAAGGAGGGGCUUUCGUUGCUGGGGCCUGGGCCUGGGACGGACGCCACCCUGUCCCCUCGCUGGGCCAGGGAGAGGGGAGGGUGAGAAAGGGCAGGAGGAGGGGACUGACCUCGAUUAGUGUUCCCUCAGAGUGCCGUCCUCGCCCUUCUCCCCUGGCGACAACUGUUGCUCUAGAGCAGCCAAGCGGCUCGGUCCGGGAAGACAUCAAAUUGGGUCUGCCCAGCUUGCUGUUUCGGUGUCACUUGGGGGUCCCGGGACCCGUGUGCUAAUCCAUCCUGGCCUCCAGCCAGCGGCUGUUGCGUGGAAGUGGGGCGGGGGAAGGUUGGAUUUACAGUGAAGUAAGAUACAUUAAGGUGGGUUCCAACUGUACGACCGGCUCUUCGGGCACCAACUUGGAACGUCCCAAACGCUCAGAGUUUUGAUUUUCUUUGACUUUUGCACAGAAAUGUUGCCGGCCCUCACUCCGGCCCUUUGCCCGAGGAGAACUGAAGCCCGAGAGCCAGUUUUCAGCGAAGAUCAGGGUAGGCAAAACUCUGUGAGGAGCGUUCUUCCCGACCUGUUCCCUGAAGAGACUAGAAAUUCCAUAAGGGGAAGCCAAAGACCCCCCAUCAGAGGUAGAGGCCCUACUACUCAAUGGUCAGCCCUCUUCCCUCCUCGCCCAACACACACACAGACAAUAUAUAUAUAGUAAUAUAUAUCUCUAUAUGAGAGAGAUAUAUAUCCAGGUGCUCUUACCAGGAAGGUGUUGGUGAACUCACCCAAAAUACUCUUCACUCCUGCCCCCAGAGGGACCAAACCACCAAGUUUCCACAAGUAAAUGACCUUAGAGGGUUCAGAUGGUGGUACCUCCCGUCGUAGGCAGCCGGAGAGUACGUUCUCCCCGCAAGACUGAGAACGGGGUCCCCUGUCUGUGGCCCCCACAGUAUGCUGUCCCGGAGAGAUCCCUGCCCUCCGAUACCCAGUGAGCGUUCACACACACAUACGCACCUCUCUCUCUGUCGUAGGUGAACUUCACCAUCUGAAGUGUCUCCUUCCAAUCCGAGGGAGGAGUCUGUAUACAGAUAACUGGGAGGAAUCGGGCACUUACCUCCCCUUUGGUCACUGAGUAGCCAGCACACUCACCCAGAGGUCGCAUUCUCAUUUGUCGACGACUCCACCGGCGACUUGUAUCCACCGGGGUUUUAAGUCCCAGCUCUCCCACUGUAGGGGUGGAAUCGGCCUGACCCAUUCCCCGGGGCCCGAUACAGCCUUGAAAAUGACUCGUACUCACCUGGGACAAGUAACGGUGCCAGGUGCAGGGAGAGACCCCCACCCAAGCCCCAACCUGUUCCAUCCCUUUCACUGCGGACUCCUCGUAAGACUUGACGCUGUGCCAUUACUGUCCUGGGGCAGACCAGAGGUCCCAACCUGCCCAGUAUUCGCUCCCCUUCAGUAGUCCCGGGAGGCUCAGGACGUGUUGGCUGCCUCCUUGGUCAUCUAUCCUGCCGAACCAUCCGGGUUAGACCAUCUGUCGCUCCCAGACUUUACCUCUCCAUCCCUCACUUACCUUGUAGAAAAUGGGUACGUUUAACCUCUACUCAUCCCGGAGGCUCAACGUUCAAAUCCCAGAGCACUUAAAUUCCUGCUCUCUGCUUCUGGGACACAGGGAUGCUGGGGGACCGUCAGAGUCCAAAACGGACAUCUCUUUAACUAGGUGCUUCCUUUCGUGCCCUCCCGGGGCCGGCUGCCGUUGCAGAAAAGAUCUGCGUUCUUAUUUUCAACCAUCUGCGUUUGUGUAUUGUAAUAUUUUUAUGACUUUUUUUUAAUUUGCUGCUGAAGUGUCUAUAGUUCUCCCCCUCUCGACGUAUAAUAGGUCUUCAGCCGCUUAAGAUCAAGUACGGUGAUGCCCUUAGCGAGCUAGAGGGGCGGGUGGUUGUCUGUAAAUAGUCUCUGAUCCUCAUCUGGGCGGGUCGACAUCUUCGUCUUUUUCCCAAUUCGUCUCGAUGCGGCUUAAGUGAAGUUUUCUUUCCAAGUGCCUCAGUCCUGUUGAUGGAGCUAGGUGGAGAAGGGCUGACUUUUUCAAUAAAAUAUUUUGUUCGCAUCGAUUUUCCCAGG